CAACAUAUUAAGUUUCGAGCCAUUGUGAUCCGACGCCUGGUUUUUUUGCUUUAAAUUGUGCUUCUAGGGAGGCAAGGGUAGCCCAGUGACCGGAACUCAGAGUGGAAAAGAGUGGAACGUCUUGCAGUGUUGGUUACAGGACAGUCACGAUAGCUUCGACGCCGGAAAAUUGUUGCGGCAUUGCGGAACGGAAUUGCUCGUCCACAGCCUUUCCGUCUCGGUAUAUGGUGACCGAUCGUUGUCGGUACCACGGAAUAUCUUUCACCAGCGAUUUGCCUCUGGCGCAAUUUGGUUGGCUUGGAGACGGAAGGUCGAGUAAGGGCGGGAACGCGGAUUGGAGGCUGCCCCCCCCCCCGGGUGACAGGUCACAAUUUGGCUUGCGUUGUGGCAAGUUGGGGCAUUCCUGCCGUGGCUACUCGAGUGGCAGGAUCUUCACCUGUUGGUGCGUUCUGGGAAAAAUUGAUGGAUUAGUUAGUCAGGUUCAGCCUGUCUAA